GACCUCUUGAAGAAGAUCUUCAUUAUGCAGGUGGGAAAAAACUCGCACACUUCCUCUGUAGGCAGCUUAAAACGACACGAUAAAAAAAAGCACUGUCUGACUUCAUGGAUGAUGUCGCUUGAGAUUAGCUGUGGAGCUUGACCUUGGUUUGAUAGUUCUACAGAUUUCCUGCACGGGAACAUUUAUUGCGUAGUUGCAUCGUCCUCUAUCAGACAAAGAAAAAGAUGGGCGGACGAAGAAAGGCCGCACCCAAGGAUAAGGUGCAGAAGGGAGGGAAGAAGGCAGCCCCAGCUAGUUGUUUUUAUGGAACCGAUUCGUCGUUGAAAUCGCUUACUAUUUGUCGCUGCAUAAUACGUAGACUAGUUUUUUUUGUUCAUCGGCAAGAAAGAAAUACUAGUUUAUAGAUAGUGGUGCGCUUUUUCCUAUGGAGGUGCUUCUUGUUUAAAGAAGAAAAUUCAAAAAAUCGACGAUUGUUCUUUUCUUUACAACAAAUAUAGCCAUACCUCGUCUAACAGGAAAUCGCCGUAGACCAGGCAACUAUAUGCUGUUUCCGAUGUGGGAAGGCGGAUCGCCCAGACAGGCUGCUUAGGUGCGGAGGUUGCGAGGAAACGUUUCAUCCCGAUUGCGCUUGGCCGAAGGUUCCUAAAGAGAGCAUAGAGAGCUUCCGACCCUACUGGCGUUGUGAAGUGUGCGGUCCGUCAAGAAAGAAGUGCCAGAGGUUUUGCAAUUUAUGACAAGAAUAGGACCUCAAGCUGUAGUAUUAAGUAUAUGGACCAGUAUCUUCACCUUCACCCUAGGAACAUACUCCAACGAAGUUACUACUUCUUCACAUCAUGCGAUCAUAUGCUUUAAUGUCUUCAUUCUCGCGAGUAACAACUGUCGUAGUAGAAACCACUGUAUUGUUUUUCAAUACUAGUAGUAGAAGCUCUACUACUAGAUUCGUUAGGGCUCUAUCACAGCUAAUAUGAGUAGAAGGUCAUACUACUAGUAGAAGGUCAUCCACUAUUCCAGGCAUCUUAGUAAGGGCCACUGUAUUUAUAUAGUAGAAGAUCCACUACUAUUAGAUUUUCAUGUUCAAUAGAUAGUAUUUAUGAUACUAUUAUAGUAGAAGAUCCACUACUAUUAGAUUUUCAUGUUCAAUAAAUAUUUCGUUUCCGUCUUCAGUAGAUACUCCCGUUCAUACAAAAAGUGCGGUGAAGAGUGCGACUUGGAAGAGGGUGUGGGGAAAUCGAAAUCUUCUAGACUUCGCACGCCAGGAUCCGCGUCCCGCUACGUGCAGCCGAACUUCACAUGUAAAAAACUCUCAACUGAUCAUAAGUUUUAUCAUGCAGGACAUGAUGCAACAAGAAAAGUUACAUCGAAGGCCCUCUUAAGUAACUAGCUGCAAUCGCCACGUGUUCAUCAAACCCAAAAUACUUCACUUGUUACAGGUAAAUCAUGCAGUGACAAGCUUCAUCAAACGGAAAAAACUCUGCAACUCCUAGGUAAGUCAUGCAAUGGCGUUUUUCAUGGGAGGUGUGGGUUAAGUAGCGGCAGGGUAGCGUCUGCUAACGGGGAGGAGUGCCAGGCUUGUAAGUGGCGCAAAGGGACGCUUCUCAAAGCCUGGUUUCCCAAAAUUAUAUUAUGACAGCUUUUAUCGUAUUUGUCGUCUUCAAAACCACUACUCUUUAUACGAAUUAUAGGAGACAAAUUAUUGUACUUAGUACGACGUGACUUCAUACUGCAUUGUUUUUCGAAACAAUUGUACUUAUCCCUGCGCUCCACCUCUACCUCUUCUACGUAGUUAUCCCUGCUCUCUAGUACCUCGGCCUCUUCUAUCAUUCCUGCCUCUACCCUUAGCUCCUCUAAUACUCGAAAGACCCGGGAGCAAGCACUAUCAAGUGUGUAUUUUUGGCCUUCCAGAGAAAGGUUGUCCGGUAGAAACAGCGCCAGUGGUAAAAAUCGAUCGCCAAAAAUCCUCUGGGCCAAACGGGUUGUUUGUUGUGACGAGUACUAUUUAUCUUAUGUUUAGGCGUUAGAUAUUGUUCCUGCUGCGUAGUUUAUGCUAUGCUACUCAUGUAUCAUGUUUAGACUUUGUUUCUACUGCGUCGUUCCGAGCAUUUGAUGUCGAUAAGGGAAGAUCCAGUUGAUGAUAUGUACGUCAUUGUGGGACUUCCAGAUCCAGAGGACAUGAAUCUAGAUGACCUUCUUGCGCUCUUUGUUCAUCUCACUCUACAUAUGCCUACCUUGAUGUAUGCGUAUACCUUGUCCUAAUGUACUGUACCUUGUCCUACAUGUGUGAUGCAUAGCUUGUCGUUGCGAUAGUAUGCUCCGUCGCUUUGCCACCUUUCCAAACAAAAUACCUCCUCGCCGUUCAAUUGUACAUCUGCUAACGCUAUUACUAGACAACGAUAAUUUUAUUACACGGGUAGGCUAGUACUACAAAAUGCCAUUACUACAACGGGUAGGGUACACUACUAAUGCUACUACAAAGAUUACUACUAAUACCAACUCAAGCUCCACGACUACACCGUUCCACUCCACCAAACCUUUUUCUCAGGUAACGGAGAAUGUUACAUACUGAAAACGCUUUCAACCGACGUUGGGUAUUUCAAUGAAGUCCCGAAUCCCAAUGCUUGCAAACUUUUCUUUACUCCCGAGUUCCCAGCAAAGUGGUGGGAUAAAAGCAGAAAAGUGAAUGCGUUAUGUGGAGGAAGAACUUUGUUGCAUUAUCUAGAGAGAAGCUCGAGUUAUUUUGUAAUACGUCGUAGUAAGUACCAUGAUCUUCAUUUUCUGGGACGGAUACCAGUAUAUUUCUUGUUUUGACAGAAUAGUUGUGCAUGUGCUGCAUAAGUGAAUACUAUCAGGGCCUUCAGGCGAAGAUCGUUCUAACUCCCUACAUCGCGAACGAACAUUUGAAGCCGUUUGACGAGAAUCUUAGUGGCUCACUCAGCGCUGUGAAGUUUGCGCCGCUGACGAACAAGGGCGUCUCGCUGCCUGAGAGGGAGUCUAUCUGCGACGUCUGCUUCGUGACGAGGACAGAACUGGAACAAUUCGACAGGGCGGAGGAGACGUCGGCUUCGUCUGGGUCGUUCUCGUCGGCUUUGUAUUAUGUUUUGGAUUUAGGUAAUGAAAACCUCUUCGGCUCGUUUUAGAUAUGAAGAAUAUAAUCAUCGAACUAUCAUCCGUUUAUGAAUCAAGCAGCUUGGAACUUCAAAUCAGUACUCGGCAGCCUACUAUGCUUAGAUGUACCAGCAAGGUUUUUUCAACAUCUUCUAAAGUCUCCCGCCCUACUUUCCGGUCAAGAAUCCUAGUGAGCCUGGCGUCAACAAGGUGGAUAUUAAGCUCCCAGCCCCUGGCAGCGAGACAGACCCUGCGUCGUUCUUUCUAGAUCGGCAUGCUGGCUUGGUUGUUGCUAUUUCCAACGGAGAAGAAGGCUCAACAGCGUCUACAAAGAAGAAAGACGAACACAAGACGACAUCAUCAUCGUCUACCAAGACAGUAGACGGGAAGAAAUCAUCAUCGUCUACGUCUACCACGAUAGCAGCACCAAACACAAUAGAGGAGCAGAGGACAAAAAAGGAAAGGCGUUGUGGGACGGAUUUUCGAGCGGGGCCACCGGCUGGGGCAAGGUUUAGCGUGUACUUUCAGGAAGGAUGGAUACCAGUGGAGGUGACGACGUUGGCCCAGAAUGCCGGAAGACGCGAGAUACAUUUGAAUAGUGUUAUGAAUCGACUAUGCCGCAUGACCAUGAUCCUCAAGUAUUUCGAAGAGUUUGGAGUGACGUGCUCAUGAAAGUAGGUGCUAGGUGGAUUAUUGUUUCAUCCCCAUAUGAGACAUCAAACAAGACAUCAAGGGGUUCUUCAUAUGUUUAAUGAAAAAAAUUCUAGCCAGCUAAUCGCCCGACGGUACGCAAUCUCUUUUCUAAUGACUUUCUCGCGUUUGAACAUGCGGCAGCGAUCGACGCAGGGGAUUUAGCAGAUUCGGGCGAUGAUGACCGUCUGGCGCUGGACUUCACCUGGCGGCAGAGCCGCGCACGAUGGUGGGAGGAAAAAGUAGAGGAUAGACCACCACUACAUGGGCCUUCAACAUCCUCCCCUUCUAAGGAGAAAAGUCGCGAAGUGGCGGCGUGGGAUGCUACUCUUGAUGCUUCUGGAGUGUAUCAUCGCGGCCUGCGCUGGACGAGCAGUGGGGUUACCGAAAGAAUGGUGGAGCAAAAUUUUUUGCGAUGGUUGAAAUUCUGGCCCGACGAGCAGUUGCGUGGGAAAGACCUGAUACAGGAAAGAUCAGAUGAAGUUAUGACAACUUGUCUGGAAGUUAGUAGAUGAUAAGAACUACCUGAGAAGAAGUCGCCAAGGAAAUCUCAGGCAGAUUGCCGAAUAGAUUCACACUAUCAAGCACUGCCUGAGAGCUAGUUUAGAUUUUCAUCAGUACACCUUGUUGUCGAGGGAGAAGUAUCAAGUCAUUCAGGUAUUGACUCAUUUUUUUGAAAAAAAGGUUUUGUUGCUCACGACUUGGGACCUAGUUUCCUACUUGUUGCAUGAUUUACGGGUUCGAAUGAAUGAAUGCUACGUGGUUCGAAUGAAUGAAUGAGUGACUCAUGAUUAGAAGAUUUUGUUUUUCUGUAGUUUUCGGCUAAUUCUAAUCUCACGAAAGCCCUGACAAGGAUCCGUCAAAUGAUGUUUCCGUUCAACUACCGCACUUGGGCACGCUGGUCCGCCGCAGGCCGUAUACGGUCAGUCGCUGCAGCUCCCAAGUUGCAUAUGAUCCAGGCGUCUUCACUGACGAGUAGAAAGGAUGAACAAGGUCCGCAUAGUGUACUACAUGAUCUUCAAGGGAGCAGCACGAGUGGAGGUGGAGUCGCUGUUGAAGGAGAACAAGUAGGGAAUCAAAACCAUGAACUUGUUUCAGUGGACAAAGCGAGUAAUAUGGGCUUGGUGAAUAUGGUUUUGGAAGCGGUUUCGAAUCGGAAGGUGCUGUGGCAUGCGAAAAUGGAUGAGAUUUUGACUGCGAAUGAUCGGCUUACAGGAAUGGAUGAGAGCCAUUGGCAGGACAUGCUAGAACACCUCAGCUCAGUAGCGAAGCAACGAGUUACGGCAAACGAUUGCCGAUCGCGGUGGCGCGCUUUAGCGGCUUUGCAGGAAGAGAAGAAAUAUGCUCGAAGGGUGACACAAGAUGUAGAGAUAGAAGAUGCCGUGAUGGGGGACCAAAGUGCCGCUGGAACAGGUAAAGACUUACUUAGAUUAUUGUUGUUUUGAACUACACAUAUUUGUUAUACGACGUUAUUGGUCUGAAGAGAAGUUUUUUUCAUGGAUGAUCCUGUGUUGAAGGUGUUUCUUGAGCUAUAAGUAUAAUCUUUUGUCACUUCGCACCACAAUUUAUUGCAGAUGAAGCACAAGCUCUUGCGCGAGAGGGAAAGGAGAUUCGGAUGAUGGGGGAUUGUCCAACCAGGAUGACACGCGCACGCGAGUAUACAAGAAGGGUGCAAAAGGAAGUGAAUAAGAAGAAUAAUGACCUCUUUGAGGGACUUAUUUCUUUUCCUCAACAGGCUAGUACAAGUGGUGCUGUGGAUGUCUGUCUCCCGGACCAUGGGUCGCAAGCGGCUUCCCAGAACAAUGGGGACCAAAGCAAGACAUCUGCGAACAAUAGUACGGUACCUUUGGCGUUUCCUGUAAUUAUUCCGCAAAGUAGUGCGAUGCAGCAGGCUUCAUCUCCUGUUGUUCCUCAUUCUGUGGACGGCAGUUCGACGAACCGAAAGCGACCACCCCAAUUGCAAAUGGCUGAUGCAGACGGAGACCAAGAUGCCGGGGAAGACACGAAGAAUCGUAAGAAGGUGCGAUUCAAUGCUGAACUUGCAAAACGUAAUGAGCGCACGAUUUCGGAGGAUCACGAAGACGACACGAAAUUGCUUAGCUCCUGUCACCAAGGAGGUGCAGCUGCUAGUUGCUCUUCUUGGCAAGGUGCAGGCAGUGCUGUUGCUAAUGGCAGUAACACAAGCAGGAGCAGAAAGAUUACUUAUACCUUGGAUCAUCAGGAAGAUCUAGCGGCGGAUCUAGCGAUGGGUUCCAAGAAUGUACCACCAGUAGUGAAAGUACCUCCAGUACUAGUGGUAGGGGUGUCAUCAUCCAUGGUUGUCGCUCCACUUCCGCCAUCAACGACCCAGCAAGAUGAUCUUGGCCAAAAGCAAGCGCAGCGACAGCCGAUGCAGUUGUUGAAAACUCCAGCAUGUCGAUCUUCUGCCAAGGCUAAAGCAUCUAGCAAGAGGUCAGUAAAGGGAGUGAAACGACAACGCCUUGAUUCCUCAUGCAUCAUAUUCGAUGACGAAAGUGAGGGUGAUGAUGCUGAUGUUGCUGCUUUGGUUACUAUGAGUCGUCCUGUGGUAUUUUCAACCACAGCUGUAUCUGGAGGAAAGAAAGUGGCCGCUUCUUCUUCGUCUAGUAGUACUUCGCUUGCCAAAAAGAACCCGCCUCCCAUUGGUACAAAGAAGGCACUAGCGCCGCUGGAAAAAGAACAAGAUCUUCGUGUUGGAUCAUCUAGUCCAAGUGGGUUCAUUUUAGAUGCCAACAUCUUGGGAGGUAAUUCAAGUAGUUCUGAGGAGAAGAGCAAGAGUUGUGCACCAGGAAAUAGAGCAGGAGCUUUCUCAGGGAAGUCGUCGGCAGCAGCAGGUGGAAAAAGGGUUGCGAAGCAGGGUGUACUUGCUUCGGAGGCGGUAGGGAACCAACCUGUUCCUGCGCCGAAGGCAGUAGCAAAGCAGCCUCAUGACGCUACAUCAGCGGCAGUAGAGCAGGCACCCGUUGAUGCCAGAAGGGCGGGAGCAAGACAGCCUGUUCUUGUAAACACAGCAGCAGCAAAGCAACCUGUUGGCGCUACAACCGCGGCAGCAGCGAAGCAACCCUUAGACGUCAAAAUGGAUGGAGCUAUGGAGAUGCCGCCAGCAACGCCCAACACCCCAGGAGACCCAGGAGACACAGUGGGUAGUGGCUUGAAGCCCACAAAGAAGUUAUGUGUACAACAGAUGAAAUCAGCGUUUUCAGUGUCGCCAUAAGUGGCAUGGUGUUUGUUUGAUGCAUGCGAAGUAGUCGGAUUCGCGACGUGUACAGUAGUGUCAAAAUUUUUUUUUCUGCUCUCGAAUGAAAUUCAGGCAAUUUUCAGUAAUCUUCUAAUUUAAAUCUACGAAGAAUAGUCAGUUUUUUCAGAAUAAUUCUGUUUAUAGGAAGUUGUUCCAGUAGGUCUAGUUUCAUAGAUCUAGUUUCAUCCACCAGCAAUCUUCUAAUUCCCACCAGUCUGAUCCCUCCCAGCGCAAGCAACAGCGCUCUUGGGAUGGCACCGGCAUCGCAGUCCUGUUCCCAGGACUAUAAGACGCCACGAGGACCUUCCAAUGCCUACGGAAGUCAAGCCUCCACCCCUGGCUUGGCUGCUUCUCAACCAGAUAGCAUCGGUUAAGGAUUACCGAAUUACAUACCGCCUUAGCUGUUUCCUUAGCUCUCUUCCUACUAGAAAUGAAGCCCAGGAUGAUGUUGUGAGAAAUGAAUGUAAUAAAUUCUGGAAGAACUACAAAGAACCUCUAAGUUGGUAAAAUCAUCGCAGCGCGCCUGAAGAACCCCGAUAGAGGAAUGAUGCCAAUCGAAGCAAGUGCGGUGAAAAGGCCCGUUGGAAGGCAAGUUGGUGGGAAUAGAGCAUCGUCCUCCCCAGAAACUCCUGAAGACGUUGGAAGUAGAAACGACAAGUUUCAGCACGAUUUGUUGAAAGUACAGAACCGUGGCAACCCGCGUGGAGGCCGUGGUGCUGCUGGUGGUGGGGCUAUCGUUAUGAUGAUGAGAAUAUCUAGAUGAUUGAUAUGUGAUGCCGCAUAGAUUCACAUCGUCAUCUGUAGAUGAGUGAUAUGUCGUGAAGUUCCAAUACAUUGAGUAGUCCCCAAAGGCAAUGAUCUUCUAAGCUCUCUGCGUCCUCGAACAGUAUUAAUCAAAGCCGCCCAAUAGGACUUGGCGUUGACAAUGAGACGCGGGUUUUGCUUCAAACAGCUGCGGAGGCGGGUCGAUUAUGACUCACGUGAAUGGUGAUCGAUUUUUUUGAACGGUUCUCUGCGCUUCAAAGCUUAUUUCGAAUCAAUUAGAGAUAGAUUCCACUAGUUCUUGUGAAGAUACUGAUACUUUCAAUUAUUAUUACUUAUUUCAAAUCAAUUAGAUAUAGAUAUUAGUUCCUUCUCGUGAAAAAGGUACUGAUCAUCUAGUUCUCCUUUCUAAAAACAGUACUUAUGAUCAUCUGACUUCUAAGAUCCAAAGCCAGGGAGAGGGAGAUCCGUCAGCACGACGCAAACAGCGAUGAGGAAGGCAUGGCGCCAGAGGAAGAGGAAGACGACGACGAGGAUGAGGCAGGAGGAAAGUGGUGAGAAAAUUGGGGUGGGGUGAGAAUAUCUAGAUGAGUGAUAUGGGAUGCCGCAUAGAUUCACAUCAUCAUCUAGAUGAGGGAUAUGUCGUUCUACGGCUGGAUUACAACGUUCAUAAGGCGUUAGUCUUACUAAGUCUAAGGGGAGUCGUGCUGUUAGAGACGUCUUCACUAAUAAGAAGAUUGAAGCUCCUCCUGUGGGUGCUGUGAGCUAAAGAUAAUAAAUUGAGAAUGCUUGUAAUGUAUUGUUGAGAAGUUCUUAAGGUCGGUCCGAUAUAUUAAGGAUUCCACGUCGUAGAAAGAAUUAGAUUUCUACGAAAACAUUCCAUACACACAAAAAAACUAGGUCACCCAUCAUCCUCGGAGGCGAGCAUGUGCCCGUGGGGCUCGUUGAGAAGGAUCCACAACCUAACCUAACCAAUUGAGCCAAAGGGCUUGCUAU